AUGUCACAAGGACCGCUGGUAACCCUAGGGGACAACAUUGCCGUGGAUUUAAGCCUCAAGAAAUACAUGUAUAUAUACACCUACCCAACCCCAUACAUUGGCAGUCUGGACCGGGCCGACCGGUGCAAACAGCUAUUUCCCAAGUACAACAACACAGGCACAGCCAAACUGAGCUUUGUCGGUCAAAAUACAUACACCAAUCCGUGUAAAGUUGAGUGCGCCCUAUGCCAGGAUGAGGAGCCAGACACCAGGGACAAUACUAUCCGAUCGUACCCAGCUCAUGCCACGCUCAUAAAUGAGAUUAUUCAAUGCCACGACUCGGUGCAGGUGUUUGAACAAUAUAUGGAGGAUGGUAUCAAAUGCGGACCAUAUCAUGUAUGCGAAAACCGGUGCUGCGUGGCCAGGGCCGACCUGUUCCCGAAAGCGGCCAAAUGGCGCACAUCGACCACUCCCAGCCCACAAAACGUGCCCAAUCACUGGACUCAGGAACUUCGUUGCGAUGAUGAAGGUUUUUUCCGCAACCCUAAUGAUUGUCACAAAUUCUACCGGUGCCACUCGAAGAGCAAGGGCAAAUAUGCCACCACCAUGUUUGAUUGCAAUCCGCCCACCGCAGUGUUCGAUGAGUCAUUCAUAGGACCGCUGGUAACCCUAGAGGACAACAUUGCCGUGGAUUUAAUGCUCAAGAAAUACCUAUACUUAGCCAAACAAAUAACUUACCCAACCCCAUACAUUGGCAGUCUAGACCGGGCCGACCGGUGCAAACAGCUGUUUCCCAAGUUUAACAACACAGGGACCGCCAAACUGAGCUUUGUCGGUCAAAAUACAUACACCAAUCCGUGUAAAGUUGAGUGCGCCCUUUGCCGGGACGAGCUGCCAAACACCAGGGACAAUACUAUCCGAUCGUACCCAGCUCACGCCACGCUCAUAAACAAUAUUAUUAAUUGCUACGGCAAUGUAGAUGUGUUUGAACAAUAUAUGGAGGAUGGUAUUAAAUGCGGACCAUAUCAUGAGGAUGCGCAUCUGUGUGUUAGCGGGCACUCGGGAAUUAUUGUGAUAAAAUGA